GGAAGCCGUGUGGGGCCAAGCAAUGUCUACCAAGUACCAACCAAACGAGAGUAACAGUAAUACAUAUUCUGUCUCAAACACAGGUUUUUUCAUUCAAAAAAAUCUUUUCCUGCUCUCUUAUAAACUCUCUUCUCGUCUCCUGCCACUCUUACCUUAAUUCUCAUCAAAACCCAAAAAUACAAUAGAAAAACAUAACUUCCCUGCCCUUUCUUACACACCCAAAAGUCUCUCAAACUCAACAACGCCUUCUGCUACUUUCACAGGUUGACAUCUUCUUGGAUCAUCAUCUGUUCUACGCCUUCGUCUCUUCCACGCUCGCUCCCUCCCUCCCUCUUACUUUUAUUAACUUUCAUAUAAUUGAUUCAGUUUCAGAUAUUUAAGAUGGGUUACUGUAAGCACGACACUUUUUCGUAUCCGAUUCUAUUUUUGGAUCAAUCGGAUUAGAUUUAUAUCGAAUCCCCCAGAUUCUUUUUCUUUACACAAGUCUCUCUUUUUUUUUAAUCCUUGACUAUUAUUCGGAUCUGGGUAUUCUCUUUUUGUUUUUUCAACUCGAAUUUACUUUCUUUCUUUCUUUUAGUGUGUGCGUGUGUUUUUGCUUUUGAUCGAAUCUCUUAGUUUUUUCUUUUUUUUACGUGUCUAAGUUUUGGUGACCCAUCUUAAAUUCUUUCUCUUCAAUCUCUUUCGUUUCUGAUUCUGUAAAACCAAGAGAGCGAGCGGGAUAUUAUUUAUAGUGAGUGGUGGAAAACUCUCAUUAAUAUGGCCGCAACUAAGAACAGUGGUAAAUCCAAGAAAGGUGUCGACGAAACCCAGAUGGAUAUGGAUCUUCGCUUCAGCUUGGAGAGGCGUCAAUGGAAGCCAGUUUUAGAUGAAGCUUCCAUGUCACCCAGACCUUACAAGAAGAUUCGAAGCCCAGACCGGCAACACCAAUCGUAUUUCUCUGUUGCUGUUGAUUCAGCUCAGCCAAUGUCCCCAGGUCCUCCGAACCCCUCGCCUACCUCUUCCUCUUCAUCUUCUUCAGCUUCCAGAAUUGUGUUUCCUUUCGCUUACGACGGGUCUGAUUCUCAGACUCAUAUCAACAAACAGUUCACGGGCAACAAUUAUCCCCUGUUUCCACCGGUGUCGCUUCCCCAAAUUCCGCAGAACCAGAUGAUAUCAUUCGGUUCGCACCAACAAAACGCCAUGAACUACCACCCUUCCUUCUUCGCAGGCACCGGAGACGUCCAAAAUCAACAGCAGCUGCUUCAGUACUGGAGCGACGCGUUGAAUUUGAGCCCGAGAGGCAGGAUGAUAAUGAUGAUGAACGGGUUGGGUCCCGAUGGGAGGCCUAUUUUCCGGCCGCCACCGCCGGUUCAGCCCAUCAACACGACCAAACUUUACAGGGGAGUGAGGCAACGGCAUUGGGGGAAAUGGGUAGCCGAAAUUCGUCUCCCUCGGAACAGGACACGCCUCUGGCUAGGCACCUUCGACACUGCCGAGGACGCUGCCUUGGCCUACGACCGAGAGGCCUUCAAGCUCCGUGGAGAGAAUGCGAGGCUCAAUUUUCCCGACCUUUUCCUCAACAAAAACAAUAACAACUCCGACUCAUCGGCCGGACCAAGCUCCGCCAGUUCUUGUCCUAAUAAUAAGGCUCAUGAAAGUUCCAAAAGAACCAUUCAUCGAAACCAACCUCAAGCUCAAGAGGAGUUGAAUAUUGAGGCAUCGGAUUCGGAAAGAAUGCCGCCGCCUGCUCGAGACGACAAUCCUGAUGACGAAUCGGGACUUGGGUCUACGGCAAAUGACGAGGUUAAGGGGUUUUCUGCUGGGGAAGGUAGUGUGGUGUCUCAGUCUCAGUCUCAGGAGUUGGUUUGGGGUGACAUGGCUGAAGAUUGGCUGAAUGCAAUUCCAGCAGGUUGGGGUCCUGGAAGUCCUGCUUGGGAUGAUUUGGACGCCAACAACAACCUUCUCUUGCAAUCACAUGAUCUUCAGUUCACGAAUCCAAACCAGCAGCAUGAGCUAAACCAACAAGCACCUCAAGAUAUUCAAAACCAGAGGUACUGCUUUGAGAAAUUUGGUUCAUCCUCAACUUCCUCUUCUUCAUAUCCCAUGAAGCCUUUCUUUUGGAAAGAUCAAGAUGAUCCAUAAGCGUGAAACUCUCUUCAUUUUUCUCAAGGGGGUAAGGAAAGCAUGCAAAAAAAAAAAAAUAUAUAUUUUUCUUUAAUUCCAUAUCUCAUAAUGGAAUUCAACUUCUUCACCUUCCUGCUUCCCAAAGGCCUGCCUUUUUAAGGCCUUUUAUAGCAGUAGUGGAGUUAACCUUAGUUCAUUUUGGGUCCUGCCCAUUUCUUCCUUAAGCAUUAGUAUUACUGUCAUUAUAUUGCUGUGUCUGUAAACUUAGAGAGUAGAGUCAUUAUUAUUAUAUAUGGCUUAGUGAUAUUUACUCUUGACCUUUAAAGAGGGAGACGGUUUUGUGAUCUCCUUCUCAAAAAUGGGUUGUUCGAUCCAUCACGAGCCUUGGUUUUUAUGCUCCAUGGAUUGAAGGAAACUAUAUAGCUUUGUCACCGAUAUCUAUCCUUAAAUUGUAUUACUUACUACUCUGUAUUAUUUUCCAUUGCUGCUGUUUAUCAAAUAGUUUGUAAUGAUGAAUGAUGUUUACUAGUAAAUAUUUAAUGGAGUUGAGCUUUGUGUUUAAA